CUAAUAUUUACUUUGUGUUCUGAUUGCCAUCUUUGAUUUGUUAUUUAGAGAAGUCCGUACUUGCAGUGAACGUGGUGGAGGCACUGCAGGAGUUCUGGCAAAUGAAGGCCCAGCGGGGAGCAGAGCUGAAGAAUGGCGCCCUUGUCAUCUACGAGUCUGUGCCUUCCUCCUCCCCACCCUACGUCUGCUACGUCACUCUUCCUGGUGGAUCCUGCUUCGGCUCCUUCCAGAACUGCCCAACAAAGGCUGAGGCACGUCGUAGUGCUGCCAAGAUUGCUCUCAUGAACUCUGUAUUUAACGAGCAUCCCUCACGUAGGAUCUCUGACGAGUUCAUCGAGAAGGCUGUGGCUGAUGCCCGUGCACAGUUCAAGCACGUAGCUGACUUGUCCCUCCCCCAGGGUGACCCUGAUGAGGCAGACAACCCCAGCACAGGGAUUGGCGCCUUCCGCUUCAUGUUGGAGACCAACAAAGGACGCACAAUGCUGGAGUUUCAAGAGCUUAUGACAGUCUUUCAGCUUCUGCAUUGGAAUGGGUCACUUAAGGCCAUGAGGGAGAGGCAGUGCUCCAGGCAGGAAGUAGUAGCACAUUACUCUCAUCGUGCACUUGAUGAUGACAUGCGUUCUCAAAUGGCUCUUGACUGGAUUGCUCGAGAGCAAGAAAACCCGGGGGUAAUCUCUAGGGAAUUGGGUCAGAGUGAGCGUGAGCUUGAGGCUGCUCGCUUAGCUGGUCGUGAGCUUCGCUUCCCCAAGGAGAAGAAGGACAUUAUGAUGUUGGCGUGCUCACAGCUGUCACCUUCACCCUUAGACCCAUAAUGUCAGGACAAGGGACAGCCGCCACAGUGAUAUUAGCACCAAGGUGUAGAGGUUAAUGCUUUCAUCUCUGCAAAAUCAAAGCUAAUUUACUUUUUAUUGUUGUAAAGAUUAUGUUUUGUACUGUUUUCUCGUGUGUGCAUGUAUAUAAUGUAAAUAAUCAUUCCAAAGAAUUUUAUUAUGUAAUUAUAAUAAUAUUAAGCUUCUGUGGGGUGUACUGGUGAGCCCCACAUUAAAAUACGCACCCCUGGGACAUCAUUAUGCUGUUAGGUAGAGCCAGGCACUGGUUACUGAAAUAUUAUGCUGUUGGCCUAACCUAUCAAUAAUAUUUUGCUGUGAUUAGUGUGCAGACAAAAUGGUUAGACUAUGUACACCGUUCAUCAUGCCAAGUUCAAUUUCUGUGUACAUAUGGUAAAAAAGUAUCUCCACACCGUGUGGAACAAUAUGACACCACGGACAAUGGAUAUUGUGAUAUGUCACUGAGUAUAAAAACAUAUGAACAUAUAAAAAAUAACAUUUACUUUGGAUAUAACAGGAAAUAUCGCCAACAAUCGAUAUAUGACACCUUCAUGAAAGCAGGACCACCAAAUUGGGGCAGGACCAAUGAACUUAUCGAAAUAUCCAUCGUCCUUGGUGUCACAUUGUUUCACACAGUGUGGAUCGAUACAUUUUUACCAAGUGUACUUUAGAUUAAUGUCUGCAUUGUUCUGGAUGUUCAGUAGGUGUUGAAAUCUUAUAACCAUUACAUCAUAUAGCAAAUUUGAUACGAUCUAUUUUCAUGCCCCUCAGCACUAUAUCUCACACCAGCGUAAAUGUGCUACAUAAAGAAUGAAUUUGUUUGGUUAGUACUGAGCAGGGUAAGUAAGACACCUACCUACCUUGGGUUACUGCUCAAUACUGCACAGUUCUCUCAUGCUGUCAGUGGUCAGGCUCUAUCCUGUACAACUUUAAGUUGUAUAGAUGUUGUGGAAGCAGCAGGAACAGCUGCUGGUAUAGAGCUAUUGGCAAGAGCAACACUGCAAAAUCAGAUAGACCAUCAACCAGUAACCACAAGCCAGUGCCUCCAGUCUCUGCUUUAAGCAUCAGGGUCUAGCAAACUGUACAAGAUCUCAUUUGCUGAACGUAUUAGGAUACUAAUGCGUCGUGUGCUGACUUUUGUUUUUUUGCUUCUUUAAGUUGAAAUUGUAAAAUCUCUCUGACUACGACACAGUUGGCUUUUUACGUACAGAUGCUUACAUGAAUUGAUUUUCCCUUUGCAUUAAUAAGCUCGGAGUUUAUGCUGUUGCCAGUGUCAUGGUGUUGACGGUGUUUAGCUUAACACUUACAGUAGUUCUUUACUUAAUAUUUCUUGUUCUAAAACAAGAAUGUUAAUGAAGGUAAUUGAAUUACCAAAACCUCUUAAUUGAUUAAUUUGCAAAAUACCAACAUUUUUCUUCUAAUGUUAAUGCUUAAUAAAACAAAAUGGCUAGAGAAUAAUUAUGAGAUAACAGUUAUGUUUUUCUCUUUUACUUUUCAUCCAUUGAAGAAGUUCGCUCCAACAGUACGUAACAACCACUGUUUUCGCAGUUCGUGUAGAGACCUACACUUAUUUUGUGAUGCUACUUGUGUGUAAAUUGAUAAUGUCCUCUCCUUAAGUGAUAUGAGAGGCAAGUGGCACAUUGUAAAUUCAAAGUUUUCCCCAUAGUUUGUGAUGUCUUGUACGUAACGUAAUGUAAGUUCUCCCACUGCUUUACAUUCCCAUGAUUUUUUAUGUAAAUGUAGUGUGAACUGACUUUUUUCCUUGUUAAUUUUGUUAAUCUAGGACUUAGCAAGUUUGAGAGUGCAAUGCACUUGUGACUACAGAGUCUGUGCAAUAUGAAUGAAGUGUUUGUGCAAUUGAUGUUUGUUGAGCAUACUGGCCUGGAAGGUUGAGAAAUACCCAUGGAAUUUUCCUGCAAUAAUAUUAAUAAACUGGAUUUUUAUAAUCAUGUACACUGUGCUCAUAGCAAUUCCAGUUUAUUCUUGAUGUGAACAAGUUUCAGUGCCAAAUUAACUGUGCCAAUCUCAGUGCCAAUUCCUGGAUUUUCAUUUUAAUGGUCAUGAUUAAUUCACUACAUGGUUUUUUCCAGUGCCAAAAGUAAGAUAAUGAAAGGAAAAUUAUAAGCAAAAUUCCAGGCUGGUGGUGGACCCUAAGACAAUCUUUCUGUAGACAUUCUGCUUUCACCCAUUGGGCUUAUAGAGAUUAAUGGAACAGGAUCUGGAAAAUUUUUACUUUUAUGAAAACUUGCUUAUGGCCCAAUUUAUAUGAAAAAAGUGAAGGAAUUAUAUUGUUUUCAAUGCUUUGUGAAGUGAAGAAUUCACAUAUAGUGAGAAAGAGAGGAGAAAUGGACGUGAAGACUUACAGAUCCCUGUGGCCGAAUAGCCUCUUAAGCACAUUUAUUGUCAAUUAGGAAAAUUCUGCUUAAUGAGAUGUCUAGGAUAUAAGAAUAAAUACGUAAAUCUAAACUGGCAAAUAUAUGACUAGCUUUAAAAGCGUAUAUGUUUACUGUAGCAAAGAGUGCCUACCAUAGUCUGUCUCCAGCAACAGCAGGCCCCAGAGUUCCGUAAACCUUCCCGGACUGUCUCCUCCUCCGUUGGCACUGUUAACCCUUUCCCCUUGAGGCAAACUGGUGACCAUUAUUAACUUUGGUAGUGUGAGAACAUGUUAAUUAUUAAGGAUUUAAAUAAAUGAUUUUUUAAUUAUCAAUGCUAGUCUGAUAAUGUAAUUUGUCAUUAUUUAUGGAUAUUAUGAUGAUAAUAUAGAUAUACUAAAGUUUAUAAACUACUAAGGACAUAUAAGCAAGAAAUCUCAUAUGCAAUUCAAAAAUUUUUAUUCACAUUAUUUUCUGUGUGUUUGAAACCCAUUUCUGAAGCUUUAUUUUAUCAGAUAAGAAAACAAUAUUUUCUAAUAAUACAAACUUUAUAAUAUCUGGAGAGGCUCUGAAAUUGUAGUGUUUUUCCUUAAUAUACAAUUGUCAUUAUUGUUUUCAUUAGAGACUCUCAUGUACCUUCAGUGGUGAAUUGACAAUUGAUAUCAGAUGUCCAUAGUAAUAUGAUGUUACACCCAAACCCCAUUCUUGAUCUUAAAUGGUGAUGCGUGUUUAUCACUCUCCAUGAUAACCAUAAACCUGAAUUAUCUGCUCUACAAUGGGUAGAAGCUGUUUGUAUGCUCUAGGUGUAAGGUAAAUGAUUUAUAAAUCUUCAUACACUAGUACCAUUCUUGACCCUCAUAAACUUCUCAAGCAUUACUUGGGAAUGGUGAUCUUGGGUCAUUUUCAGUGUGUUUAACUAUGGCUUGUACAUCUGCUUUCACAUGCUUGUGAUGCAGUCGUGCAGUCAUGUGUGUUUCCAUUAUUUUUGUCUUAUGUAGAUGAAUACAGUAACACCCCAGUAAGACAUGACAGUACACAAAUCUCUGAUGCACAGUAUAUAAAUCGAGGCCAUAUUUUAGGAAAAUACUGUGUGGUGGUCGUGUUUAAAUGCAUGGUUAAAAAAUGGCCUUAAACGAGCACAUUUUUUUUUUAAUGAUAGAAUGAUGUCGACGAGUGAGCUACAAGAAGGUUAAAGGCUCGCACCCAAUGAUAGUGUGAGUGUGUUAUUUCUUAUGGUAUUGGUAGAUGAACACAGCCUGAAGACUGCAAUACACAUUACAUAGAUGUGCAAGGUGCAACCUCCUACAUGUUUUUUGUCUGUCCUUUCAUAAUUCUUCAACAGGUAGUAAGAACUAUAGCCAUCAUUCUCCUCAACUUCCCUGACCAAGGAGCAUAACAAAGACUUCAUUUUGAAUUUAAAUCAAAGAAUCUGGACCAGCAGUACAAGGGAGACUCAUCCACCCAGUUAGUGUGGAAGUAUGACUUAAGUGAAUCCACCAGAACCAUAAAUAUGUCAGAGAAGUUAGAAGGUACGUGUAUCGCUUAGUUCAUUCGCAACUUAAUGCCUAGAUCAGGCGACUCGUGCCCCUACCCACCUAGUCUGCAACUAGGAAACCAAUUCAACCUUCUACAUUAAUGGUUAUGACUACUGAUUAGUUUUAUGUCUGCAUUGAAACUAUUGUAUAUCCCAUAAAUAUUGAUAAUUGGAACCUUUACUUAAGGUCAGUGGCCAGCCCUUUACAGCUGUGCACACUUUGCCUGUUACAGCUGUGCACACUUUGCCUGUUACAGCUGUGCACACCUUGACUGUUACAGCUGUGCACACCUUGACUGUUACAGCUGUGCACACUUUGCCUGUUACAGCUGUGCACACCUUACCUUUUGCUAAUAACCUAUUUUGACCUUAGUCAACAUCUUGUUAGAGGAUACCAACAUCACCAUUGGAGGACCUUUGAUUUCACAGUGAGUAACUCAGCCUGUCAUAUAACAUAUACUGUUGUAAGUGAAGAUCCUGGUGUGAUCCAAAAUACAAGAUCUUCUAUUCUUGAUGAAGGUUGGAGAACACACUAAGUUUCAACCUCAAGAGUAAAUUGACCAGAACAUAAUAUUCUCUUCGAGAAAUUCCCGUGUGUUUGAAUACGGGAAAACCCCUCAGGGAGUCUGUAGGCUGAAUGGAGUUGAUCAGUGAGAGCAAUUUCUGAUUCAAGACCCAGUUACUUCUAAGCCUUGAAGUGCAACCCUCUAGUUGGUGUUAUUACCAUCUGGGGAAUACCAUGUGGGCUGACUCUAAGGUCCGAUAAACCUGGAAAAGCAUUCCAGAAGAUUUUGUUCGGGAGAUAUGUCCUGUUUAUUUCAAAAUUGCUCACACUGGGGCAUCUGCCAGCUCCAGGUAUGUACACUCGUACUUACACUCGUUGUGCCCUCUGAGAUGUUUAUACACUUAAAUUAGAUCACCCCUUGCCCGUCGGUAGUAUAAAUUAGGCAGUUGCAGGCGUUCUAAUCUCCCUGGGUAACUGAGGUGCCGUAGGGCUUCUUACAUUUGGUCCCCUUAAUUGUUCCUUUGUACUGAAUGCUGAUCAUGUGAAAUUGUUGGGAGACCUACAUAUCCAUUCUUCAGCUACAAUUGUUGUUUUUCUUUUAAGGCUAUAGCUGAAGCUCAUUAAGAGGAGCUCGGUCUUCCUGAGAAACUUUUCUCUGACCAUUUUAGUAUUCUCAGAUCCAUUCUCAAACUCUGGUCAAAGGUAUUUACUGUAGAUAGGUUGGAGAACUUUCUCCUAAGGCAGCUAGUAGUGGUUCAGGAAAAGAGUUUGUUUGAUAGUUUUAUGACUGAGUGUCAAGAUAUUCUUCCCUCUUUAAUGAAUUAUUUUGAAAGAUAUAUGGAAAGGGUAAAGUACCCAAUGGGAAUGGUUUACCACAGAGAGCAUAGAAUCAGCCCCAGGGCAGAAAUGAUUGUAGAUCAAUAGGAAAAAUUUUCAGCUUCUUAAUAAUGUAUUUCUAAAUUAGAAUUAUCAGAGGCAGAAGAUAUCUACCAACAGCUUAGCAGCUUAAAAGAGUGCUUUAACUAGACCAUUAAAUGAGGCUUUUGCAAUUGUCCUCUCUGUUUUUGAAGGCUUUUUAUAGAACUCUUUUUUCAAAAGAUCCAUGAAGUCAUUUUACUUUAAUUACCCUUUAAACUGGUUGUUAUGCUUCUGGAAUUUAUGGUGAAUUUUAUUUGGGGGAAUAUGAACUGGCCUCGAUGAAGUCAUAUUCUUCUCAGCUCUUGCUGCUGGGAGAAAUGCCUCAGAAGUUCAUGAUCUGAGAAAAUACUCCAGUUUUGCCUCCCUUUCUCGAUUAGGAAAACUUUAAGCUGGUGUUGGAUCUUCCUGUAUUUAUGGUCAUGGUAAUUGGUUCUUAUCUUAUGAUUACAGUACAGAACACUUCAGUCAGCAAUCAUUGCAUCUUAAAUGACUCUCUUGAGAAGGAUAUCCUUACCAUCUAUCCUGCAAUGAGGGGAUACAUGACCACCUUAGUCCUGAACCAAUUUAUGUCACUGUCCUCUUUUUAUCUAGCUGGCUAAAGAUAAACAAAGAAUCUGGUCUUGGCAUUUGGUCACAAAUGUAGAAUUGGUACAGUACUGAAAUCCCAUUUUUAACUGCUUCCGAACCAGGCAACUUGAUUACCUUUGCUUCUCCCAAUAGAUAUCGAUAAAGUGAACUAGAUAAGAGGUAUGAAACCUUGUACAACAGUUUAUGACUGACCCUAAAGUGACAGUUGCAGGUAGCAUGGUUAUUAUGACAUCAUUACUUAAUCUUUGCCAAAUAUCCUGUUUUUAAGAAAUCUGGUUGGAAUAUCGAUAUGCUAUAAUUAAUAGAUUAGUCCCGGGCACUAAUUUCGAGGGUUGACCUUGUUGUCACCCCUCAGACUUGGUGGGUGAUUACAUAAGUCGCUGGGUCCAGGGUCAUUCAUAAAAUGGGAUUUCAGAAUUAAGCCUCCAAUAUUUUUUAUUUUGUUUUGCCUAAAUUGUGACGUGUACAUCAAUGCAAAAUAAAUGUUAUAAAGGCUGAACCAUUAUUUUGACAUGUUGAUUAAGUUAUAAAAUGCUUAAAAAUAAUAAAACACAGAACACAUUACUAGGGUUUUACUGUACGAACAUAGUUUAUUUUAUAAUAAUCUAAGUUAUAGGGAAAGUCAGACUUACAAAAGCUAAGAACUGAAAUAGUUGCACCUAUGGGAGUAACUUAUUACUGUGUAGGAUGGCUUUUCUACUGUCUUAGUGCUACUGACGAAUUUCAUUUAACAUUUCUUCACAUUAUAAAUUUUUUUUACGUGGAUCAUCAGCAAAACAUUGAGAUGAUUUCACUUCAGUAAUAAAUAUGUAUACUGUAUUACAGUUAAAUUUUUAAUCUUGUUAUGUUACACUGGCAAAUUGUAUCUGAAGAAAUGAAAUAUUGUUUAAAUCACUAAUGGACAGUGUAUGUCAUUUAUGUUUAAUAUUUUAUGUAUAUUGUGUGACACACACACACACACACACACACACACACACACACACACACACACACACACACACACACACACACUUUCUCUUAUAAGUCACCAGUUUGCCUUGAAGUACAGUGUAUUGUUAAUUCCACACUACAUGCCCCUGGCUACCCCUAUGUAUAGAUGUAACUUACUGGAUUGCAUAUUUUAAUCCUAUCUUGGUUUUGGGCUAGAAUGAAGGUAUCAUUAUACCUGAGGAUUAUUCCCUAUUUUUUGUAUAAGCUUUACUGUAACUGAUCAUAUAGCAGGUGUUUGAAUGACAGAUCCUGAGAGUAUUGGGUCUACCUGGCACAUGGACUGCUGCAAGAGGCAAAUGGAAGCUUCAAAGUUUACAUAUUCUCAGAGUGGUAAUGAAAAUACUGUACCUAAGUUAUACAACCUACUUAGUGUGCAUUGAAAUUCAAUUAAUGGAAUUGUCUGAAUUUUAUAAAUGAGUAAUUUUUUAUUGUCACUGUCUUGUGUUUCCUAUGUAGAUUCUCCCGAUCUUUUCAGAUUUUUCUUGUGUCAGAAGAGAAUUCAUUGUCAGAUUUAAUUUUAUUGUCACAAUUGGGUGAUUUGACUGCCACUUUAUGUAUUAAUGUUGAGCCUCAACUAAUUAUUUAUGCACAGCCUUUAUAAUUUUAAGUCGAGGAAAAUGUCGAUUGUGUCCUAAUCUGCACAUCAUUCCCGAAGGUAACAUUGGGUUAGUUUUGGAGGAAUAUUCUUAUACCUUUGUAUUAUUAUAUCAUCCUUAUCUUUUCCUAUGCCCCUGACUCACCAACAGGUUCCAGUGGCCCAAUAGAAACAUCUAAGAUUUUGCUCAUGAGUUAGGAUAUCAUUUCACUUUCUUUCACCAAGGAAUAAAAUUUUAAUAAAAGAAUGAGAGUAUAAGGAUCAUUUCAGCAAAUAUUCUUGAUGAGGAAAAAGAAGCAGGAUUAAAUUUAAAAAGAAAAGUAAGCACAGACAUAAAUGAUAACAGAAGUGGAUAAAGAAAUGAAUGUUUGAAAAUCUGUAACAAACAUUUAAAACAGUGCUCUCAUGUUAAGGCAGCAGACACCCAUAACAGUGCUCUCAUGUUAAGGCAGCAGACACCCAUAACAGUGCUCUCAUGUUAAGGCAGCAGACAUCCAUAACAGUGCUCUCAUGUUAAGGCAGCAGACACCCAUAACAGUGCUCUCAUGUUAAGGCAGCAGACAUCCAUAACAGUGCUCUCAUGUUAAGGCAGCAGACAUCCAUAACAGUGCUCUCAUGUUAAGGCAGCAGACAUCCAUAACAGUGCUCUCAUGUUAAGGCAGCAGACAUCCAUAACAGUGCUCUCAUGUUAAGGCAGCAGACACCCAUAACAGUGCUCUCAUGUUAAGGCAGCAGACAUCCAUAACAGUGCUCUCAUGUUAAGGCAGCAGACAUCCAUAACAGUGCUCUCACAUAGGUAGUGACAAGAACUAUCAGUGGGAGACUUAGCAAUCCCUUACUUUUCUUAUGGCAAUGCUACUACGGACAAGUAAAGCUUAAAAUUAACAAAGUAGAAUAUUUCGAAAAUUUUAGUUCAAAUAAUAUUUCAGUAUGGCAAAGUUUCACAAUAAUUUAAUGUGCUAGCUAACAAAAUUUUUUAUCAGCCAUGCUCCCAUUGACAGUAAGAAAGCAGCUAAUCAAAAUACUGUACGUACUGUAAAACUAUAUCAGUAGCUUGUCAUUAUUGCUAGGUAAGUAUCCAGAAUUUGGAUGAUUCUGCAUGAAAGAUAUUGUGUUUUGAUAUUCAUAAUUAGUGUUGUCAUAUUUGAUGUAUUUAGAUGUGUUUAGAAAGGAUCUACAGGAAAGGAUUGUUUUAGUAUCCAGUUUACAAUAAUAAUGGCUGCCUUACAAUUACCCAUGAAGAUAGAAAAAAGACAAUGUAUGAUUUCUGAAACAAGGUUUUAUAAUAUUAUGUAUCUUAUUGUUACUAGAAUUAAAUAAUCACCAUAUGAGGUGCCGAGUGCGACAAGGGGCCAAGCGCCAACAAUCACAAUUGAGAAACAUGCUCUUAAAGUUUGAAAAAUUCAAAAUGACAUAACUCUUGAACCAAUGAAGAUAAUGAGUUCAUUCAAGUGGCAAUGUGUCGAGCUCUUAAAGCUGGUUUCACAGAUACUGAAGUCAUAUUAAUUGAAAAGAUUAUUUAUAGUAAAAAUUACACUGUUUUUUAUAGGUAGUGUUUGUAGUUUCAUUAAUAUACAUUGUUGGGCUAUAAUUUUCAUUACAUUGAAGCAAUAAUGUAUUAAGACAACACCAGAAAAUCAAAGGUCAUUGUACUGUUUGCAUAAAAGCAAACAAUACUGUACCAGGUAUUACCAGUAUUUCGACAGGGGGUCAAGUGCCAAAAAGUAUAAUAAAAAAAAUGCAGGUACUGAAGUCUUAGUUAUUAUUAUAAAAAAUACAGUAAACAAUGACUUGUGUUACCACCCACCCUCGCUGCCAGCCGCCUCCUCCUCCCUCUGUUUCCUCCCUAUUGGUGUGAUAAGACUCGUCACUCGUACAGGCCGGAACAUGACACGCCAUGUGCCACCAGCCUCCUUGUCCUCCCUCCUAUCUGUUUUGUUUAUUUUUCUCUCACUGGCCCUCACUCACUCCUUCCUUUCUGCCAGUUGGAAAAUAAAAAAAGGUUGAAGUGUUAUUACAUAGCAUUCCUAUGACAUUUUUAUAGAAACAUGGACUCCCAUUAGCUAAGAAACCAGAAAAUAAUGAGUCGCUAUGAGCGAGAGGCUACGAUUGGAGGCCGUGGGCGCUUGUGGCCUUCUCCCCCUCAGUCCACCUUGAGGCACAGAUCACGUACUGUAGAGGCACUUUAACCUGCACUAAUAUGGCUCUCAGCCUUACAAAUAUUGUGCUACUCUAUUUUGGGGGGACGGUGCUUGGCCCCUUGUCGCACUCAGCAUCUCAUAUAUUCAGUGACUUUGAGGUUCAACACAUACUGUACUCAAGAGAAAUUUGAACACACCUAAUGUUGAUAAUUAAUUAGUUGAACCUUCAGUACAGUAUACUAUAUAAUAUCUCCCCUUUUUAAGACCUUAUAGUUAAGUUGUUUUAGGGAAAAAAAUCAAUAGUUUCUGAACAUUGGUAAGCAUGAGACGAGAAUACUGUUACUUAAAAUGUAAAAAUUCAUAUUGCUUGCAAUUUUUUCCUUGACCAAAAUUUAUUUGUCCCCCUUUUUUUUAUAAAAAUAUUUUUGCAAUCCCAGUAAUGGGGAGCCGUGUUUCCUUCAUUGUGAUAAUUCUUUCUUCUAGCUGUACCAAACAUUAUAGGCCAAUAAUAAAUUGAUGAGGUCAA